AUGGAGUACUUCUCGGGGACGAUCCACGUUCAAGUGAUCGAGGCAACUGAGUUGAAGGCAACCGCCUGCGCCACGCGUCAUGCUGUGGGCCCAGCAGCUAAGCUCUACGAGCUGUUGGAUCCUUACGUAACCAUUGAGGUAGAUGAUCUCGCGAUCGCUAAGACAUCCACCAAGUCCAAGACAAAUUCUCCACGCUGGAAGGAGGACGUGAAGGCGGAGGUGACCAGUGCUCAGCGGCUCACUUUCACUGUCUAUCACGAUGCCGCCAUCCCUCCCGACGAUUUCGUGGCUAUUGCCGAACUCCUUAUGCGGAAUGUCCGUUCAGGCAACGAAUUUUGGCUGGAUUUAGAACCCCAAGGCCGACUCAAGUUGCAGAUUGAUCUCAUUGGCACACGAACAGAUGAACCCCCGAAGUUGGCCUUUGACAAGGAUAAUUCUCUUGCCAGUGGAGGCGUCCUACAUGCGAAGCAUUAUCGAGCAGGAGCUCUGCGAAGGCGGAUUCAUCAAGCUAAAGGGCACAAAUUUCAGGUUACUGUGCUAAAACAAUUCACAUUCUGUUCGCUCUGCAACGAAUUUAUCUGGGGUCUAUGGAACCAGGCCUAUCAGUGUCAGGUGUGCACUUGUGUGGUGCACAAGCGCUGCUAUCAGAAUGUGAUUACUCAGUGUCCGGGCGUCAAGGCGCCAUCCACGGGUUCCAAUGCCAACCGCUUCAACAUUAACGUGCCGCACAAGUUCCGAGUGCAUACGUACAUGCUACCGACGUUUUGCGAGCACUGCGGUUCUAUCCUCUUUGGCAUAAUGCGUCAGGGUCUGCAAUGCGAGGUGUGCAAAGCGAAUAUCCAUCGGCGCUGCGAGAAGAAUGUGGCCUCACACUGUGGCGUGAAGACGCGCAACCUCAUUACUGCCAUCCGCGAGUGCGAUACGUCAGAGUCUAUGAAUGAGUAUUCUUGGCAAAUGGAGGGUGAAGAAGGAGAGGUAGCUCGUCGGCACUUUGUACCGCGUAUUCCCCGCUUGGCCGAUUUCAAUCUGCUCAAGGUGCUGGGAAAGGGCAGCUUCGGCAAGGUUAUGCUGGCAGAGCACCGUGCUACUGGCGAGGUGUUCGCCGUCAAAAUCCUCAAGAAGGACGUCAUCAUUCAGGAAGAGGAUGUGGAGUGCACCAUGGCCGAGAGGCGCAUCCUCGUCUUAGCUGCUCAGCACCCCUUUCUCACCGCGCUCUACUGCUCAUUCCAAACUGAGGAUCGUCUAUUUUUCGUGAUGGAAUACGUAAACGGUGGCGACCUGAUGUUUCAGAUCCAAAGGGCACGGCGCUUUGAUGAGGCGCGUGCUCGCUUUUAUGCUGCUGAAGUAAUUCUUGCGCUGAUGUUCCUCCAUCGCCACUUCAUUGUGUAUCGAGACUUGAAACUUGACAACAUCCUCCUCGACGCUGAGGGACACUGCAAACUCGCUGAUUUUGGCAUGUGCAAAGAGGGCAUGUUUCCAGGUGCCACAACCUCUACUUUCUGUGGCACUCCUGACUACAUUGCUCCAGAGAUUUUAGCUGAACAGGAUUAUGGAUUUAGUGUGGACUGGUGGGCAUUGGGUGUGCUCAUGUACGAGAUGCUGGCCGGAGCGCCACCCUUUGAAGGGGACACAGAGCAGGACCUCUUCAACGCCAUAUCAUACGGCGAUGUCAAGUACCCUUCGUCGUUGCAGGACGAUGCUGUCGACAUUCUCUCCAAGUUUUUGCUGAAGUCGCCAGCCAGGCGAUUGGGCUGUGUGAUGGUCGAGGGGGGUGAGCUUGCAAUUCAGUGCCAUCCCUUCUUCAGAGAGAUCGACUGGAAGUUGCUGGAGGAACGCAAAAUUCGUCCUCCUUUUCGACCCAAAGUUCGCUCACGUUUUGACACUACUAACUUCGAUAAAGUACGUGCCUUCCCCUCAUCCUACCCAUGUCAUCCGUUUCUAUAUCGCAGUCUUGAUUUGUCCCAAAGUCUACAGGCCAUCAUCUCCAUGAAUAGCGUUUUCGUCUUUAACAUUCAGAAGCAUUAG